AAGCUCCCCUGAAGCACGCACGUGCUACGCCACGCGAGGAGCUUACAAAGUUCGAUCUACGUGAACAAUUUGAAGUGCGAAUUUUGCUCCUUUUGAAUUUGUGGCUGCGGAAAAUUUUGAAUUUUUGACUAUGUCAAGUACGGCUCGGUUGGUAUCAGUUGGCCUGCUGCUGUCGCUGGUGGCGGCGACGGCCGGCAUCAAGUGCUGGCAGUGCGGCCAGUACAGCGACGGGGUGGGCUCCAUCACCCCUUGCAACAACCGCAGCGCGGCACGGCUCAACCAGUGCCCGCCCGACGCUAAAUACUGCAUCAAAUACGUGAGCGAGCUGACAGUGGUGCGCGACUGCGUGCCCACCUGCAGUGAAAAAGAGUGGUGGGGCGCGCGCACGUUCUGCUGCGAGACGGACGAAUGUAACAGCGCCUUCACACGGAGCCCGCUCGCCGCUCUCGUCGCGACGUUCGCGUUCGCGCUCGCGCUCGCGCACUGACCGCCCGGCCGCUGCGUUCCGGCUGGAACAUCGAACGAGUGUGGGAGAGCCUUAUAUGUUUCAUUGCAAGAGCGUACACAUCGAUUUGGACCUAUGACGAAUGAUCCCAUAAUUCGAAAGUGAUCAUGAAAAUAUUCCCUCACCUACUACUUGGUCAAGCUAAGUUUGCACCUCGCCUCGAUCACGUCACACUGACGUUUAGGUACGAUAUCCGAACCGUACUGACCCGACAAGACGACC